AUUACUUAGAUCGGACGAUCUGGAGACUGACAACGAAGAUCGGGUGGGCUAUGCGCUUUAUAGUUGGGUCGACUACAGUGUCGAUGAACGAAUGCCCGCCGCAUUAGACAUGGUGAGCCUGGUGCGCGCCGGCUUUCUCUCUGCCGACUUCCUGAACUUCCUGCAGGAAACCCCCACGGGACAGACACUCUAUCGGGCCAUGCAAUUAUCAGCUCAACAGCGUCCCUGCCAGCCACAAAAAUCCUACCAACCGACUGUGGUUUAUGUUACCUCUCCCAAUCCAUGGUAUCCGGGGCCCUUAACCCAGCCGGUCUGCUACUCUCCGUACAUUCACUGUGCCCUUCCGCCGGGCACCUGCAAGGGCGGCUGCUAUCCGCAAUGGGAAGCGCCUUGUCCACCGCCGGCGCCAUUUGCGGCAUCAGAAAUUGCCUUAAUGCCGUCCGCUGUCGUGGCGCCCGGCAACCGUUUGCUGGUGCGCGUUUGCCAUCGUUUCUACGCGUACGAUCCCAUCGAUCGCGAAUGGCUGGCAUGUCCCGACCGGGAACGCAGUGAAGGCCUCUGGCACUGCGCAAACAGUCUGCAGUUUGAGAGCUACGACGCAGACUUAGGUUGUUGGGAGUGUACGCCGAUUUCUUUGUUGGAGGAAAAAGACAUUGAAGCUUGGAGGAUGGCCUUUGUCGCCUGGCAGGACUGCCUGUACACCUUCGGUGGCCGCACAACUGCCGCACAACCACUAGAUGUCGCGUUUCGCUACGAUAUCGCCAGCAACCAGUGGAGCGAACUGGCCCCGAUGCCGACGGCACGAUAUAACUGCUCGGUGUGUGUCGGUGCGGAUGGGUUGAUAUACGUCAUUGGGGAUGCGAGAGCCACAUGGAACCCGCCAGGGAAGUUUUCCAGCACCUGGCGUGCGUGGAGGCUUACGAUGCAAUACGGAACUGUUGGUUCAAAAAAAGUCCCAUGAUGCACAAGCGGUCCUCUGCCCGCGUAGCUGCCGUUGGGGGAUACGUGUACGCUGCGGGAGGAUACACUGACGAGCUUGAAGAGAAUGGUUCCUGGACUGACGUAGUGGAGGUCCACGACGAAGUCACGGACAACUGGAGGGUGGUGCGCAACACACGGCCCAUUAAGGAACACUGCGCCGUUGCCGUGGUGCCGCAGUACCUUCUCAAGAGAUAUCGAAAAUACAUAAGGCCAGCUGCUUAGAAAUGUGUGACAGUUACCACACACGAAGAAAUAUCUCGGGCCGGUUUUUUGCCACAUAAAAAACGUUGCCCGAGGGAACAUAGCAGAAAACGACUUUUAAAAGUCUGAAAUCUGGGCAUGUACAGUUAACAGAGUUUGGCGGAAAUAAUGAUGCAAUGCCGCGUUGCCAGCAGAUAAAACAAGCAGCACUAUGAUGGGAUAUGAAAUUUGUGCGCUGAUUGUUUUCAUUGCAAUAUGUUGCCGCGUGUCAACGAAAACAUACCGGAAUCUACCAGAAAAUUGGAGAGAUUUUAUCGAUCCGGAAAUUUUGGCAAACAGUGAUGAUGACGAAUACACGCGCUACGACAGCGAUCUGCCGGAAGGAGACAUUUUGGGACUCCAAACGAUGCAGCUGGGGCAGGAAGCCGCAAACGCCGUCAGCGACGCCAGCUCUUUCUGGCCGAACAACACCAUUCCAUUCGAAUUCUCCAAAAAGCAGAACGCAUUAAUGACGCCCAAAGAACUUCAGAUUGUGUUGGAGUCGAUGCGCAUAAUUAAUCACCUUACGGGUAACUGCGUCAAAUUUGUGCAGCGCACAACCGAAGAAGAUUACAUCAGCUUUCAAAAAGGACUGCAGUGCAUGUCAAAUAUCGGUCGUAUUGGUGGGAAGCAAGUGGUGACGUAUUCACCCGCAUGUCUGAAGCAGCACGGUGACGUUCAGCACGAACUGAUGCAUGUACUGGGUUUCUUCCAUGAACAUUCCCGAGCCGACAGAGACGAAUAUGUUAAAAUCAUCUGGGACAACAUCGCCAAAAGUGACAGGGACCAGUUUGCCAAGCACGAGAACGGGAACACGUACGGCCUGCCGUACGACUACGAAUCGGUUAUGCACUACAAGCACAACGCCUUCGCUAAGGACAGCGGUAUCCCGACUAUCGUCCCAACCAGCAGAAAGUCGAAGAUUGGACAGAACCGGGAUCUGAGUCCGUUGGAUGUGGUCAGAAUACACCGACGGUUUCGAUGUGCAAUUGCGCAUCCAAAGCAGUUUGCUUGUGACAGCAGCGGCAACGAGAAACCGGGAAGCUGCCCAGUCUGUCCGCUUGCGCAAACAAGGAAGGAAGAUCCGUGCGAUUCCGGCAAAAGAAUCGAAGAUGAAGGUGAAAACGAUGAGAUGUUUACUGCAUCGGAAUCGUUCCCGCAGUUUUCUCAAGAGCCAAUGACCGCAGAGCAAUGUGGGCACCAAUUUACUGCCAACUGCAAUCAGCCCGGAUUAACAGUUGAGACCUGCACGUCUUUUCAAGGGCUUACCAUCAACUGUAGCAGGCCCGUUAGUUCGACGGAAAUUCGGCAAAUCAGCGCUGGGCUUUCCAGAUCCCCAAAAAGAGCGAUUGCGGUUGAUCUUUAUGAUGGCGACUAUAUCGUUUUCGAGAAUUUCCAAAAUGUUCGGCAACAAGUUGUGGCGAUUGCCAUCAGAAACUGCAUUUCUAGCCGGACUGUCCAAAAACUGGCCGCACUACGUUUCUCCAACUUGCUAGAACUGGAGAUAAUACACUGCACUGGACUGGAAAUCAAGAGAACGGAUUUCAGCCUAUCAAACAAGAUCACGGUGAUUACUUUUGAAGACACUACUAUUAAAAGGCUGGAGAGGGGCACAUUCACCGAUUUACCAUCUUUGCGAGUGUUGUCAUUAGAGUUGGGCAUGCGCAACAGGGCUGUUUUCGGAAGGUCCAUUCGCGAUUACCUGAAGAAGCUGCACUGCGGGUGCGAGUUUGGAUGGUUUCGUGAUUGGUGGGACAACAAUCGGCAAUUGCUGCGAAAGGCUGCACUAGGCGAAGUGUACUUCAUCCCACAAGCAUGGAGGAAUGUCAAUUACACUAAAGAGGACAUUUAUUCGCCAAUCGACUGUUCAGUGAACCCGUUUCCUGCUGAACCAGCUUCCGUAGACCACAAACAGUACAGAUUCUCAAUCAACGUACCGAACUUUUCGAGUGCCGAUGUUGGCACAUCACAAUGCUCGGAUGAAAUUCCGAACUCUAAAGUCAGAUUUCCGGAUUUUUCCUCUAAUCCGAUGACUCCAGAAGAAUGCAAUAUCCAGUUCACGACCAACUGUGAACCAACAUUUUAUACAAGAAGCGAAUGUCUACUUAAUAAGCUCGUGCAAAUCAGCUGCAACGAAGAAGCAAGCUCGGACGAAAUUAUCCGCAUGCUGAAAGCUGUCAACAAGGCACCUCUGCGUCCGCUUCUGAUUAAUUCCGUUGACAACUCCGAACUGUCAUCGGCAGAUCUCGGGGAAGUGAGAAGACAAAUUGUUGCGUAUAACCUCCACGACUGCACAGAUCGACGAGUCACGGGAAGGCUGCGUGAAAUGCCCAUGCCGAGCCUUCUAGAAUACCAUCUUUACAGAUGUCUCAGUUUACAUGCAAAAAAGGCGGACUUUGAGUAUUCUCAAAAAUUACGAAUAGUUGCAUUUUUCAAUUCAACAUUUCGUACCAUCGAGAGCGAUACAUUCUCACAGUUACCGGCCCUGCGCAUAUUGUCACUCGAGGCCGAGAUCAGAAAGGCAGUAACGUUCAACGCAAAUAUCAAGGAUUAUCUGUUCCGACUUCAUUGCAGUUGUGAUUUUGCGCCAUUCCGCAAAUGGCGACAAAAUAACAAGCAGUUACUCCGAAUGGCCGAGAAGCGACAACUCUAUUCGUUUCAAGACAGUUACUCCAGCUCCGCAUUCCAACCCAGUGACGUUUAUGUACCAAUCGACUGUUCUGCAGAUCCUUUCCCAUCCGGACCAGACCUCAUUGACUUUGACCAGGUGGAAUUCUCACUGAACGAACCUUCCUGCUGACCCUACUUGUUGUCCAGCUUGUGAGAUCACGAACAUCCGCGCCAAGCGGCAAAAUUGCUAAACUGGUUGGGUGUCUGUGCUGUUGCUAGUAAUCUGCUGAUAUGUAUGCGAGUUUGCCUUAUCCUAAAUUGCAUUCACGCCGUUGCUCUGUUUCGCAUGCGUUUGUUAAAUUUUUCCUUAUGUUUUUGUCCGUACUGUCCUUGCCCUGUAAAUCCUGUCAA